AUGGAGCGUCCGGCCACUCGCGACGGCUCAUGCACGCCUGCACCAAGCACUCCGUCUCCGUCCAAACGAGCCUCCACCAUCGCCGCAGACAACAUGGCGCCCUUUGACCCUGUCUCUUCGGAACGCCUCAACAUGCAGAUGGCCUCUGAGCACCGGCUCUCGAUCAACAGCCUCGGCUCCCCUGGCAAAAAGGGACACUCGCGCGACAGCUCAGUCAGUGAUAAGAUCAACCAGUUCAACACCCUCGCGUCGCAGAGCAAACAUCUUGAGCGCAAGAGCGCCGAUGCGGCCCUGAAGCGCGCCGUCCUCGGCCGCGAGGAGGCCGAGGCCGAGGUGCGAAAGUAUAGAGAUGACAUACACAAGUACAAGGAUGAGAUACGCUCCCUCAAGAAGGAGCUCGAGGAGGGGAGACACAGGGAGAGGAAGGUCGGCGAGAGAUUGGAGACGGUCAUGGAGAACUAUGGUCGCACCAAGGAAACACACGCCCACACACAGACCCUAUGGGAGAAGGAGAUACGGCGGAUGCGCAAGGAGACAUUCAAGAGCCAGUCCGCCAUUGUCGACUUGCAGGAGCAGCUCAAUGCCGCCCGCGCGGCCCAAAAGUCGGCAGAGGCAUCUCUUGAGAGAGAAAAGGAGCGCAGCUCCGCCCGUGAACAAGAGGCCUUCCAGGCCAGAUACCACCAGGUCGGCCUGCAGGAACAGCUCGAAAAGAUCCGCACAGAGCUGGACCAGGCCGUCGAGCGUGUCAAACUUGUCGAGCAGGAGCGUGACGCCUUCAAGACCCUGGCAAAAACGGAAGAGGACGUGGCGAGGAUCGCCUCCGAGGGCAGGCUUCCGCUGCCGCCGGCUAGCCAGGAUGAUGAGGAUGACGAGUUCGCAAGCCCAAGGAAACCCAGCGACUCCCGUGCCGUGUCGCUUUCACUCGUCGACGUCAAAUCUUCGGCGGCUAGCGAGAUGGAGAUUGAGGAGCUCACGCGCCUCUGGCAGUGGGAGAAGCAGCGAGCCGACCGAGCCGCAGACCAAGUCGAGUAUCUCGAGGCCGAAUGCAGUCUGCGCGCAUGCUCUUGCAUGAAGAAGCGGCCACGGUCCAGCAUGAUGGGCUUGCUGUCUCCAAAGCGGCAGAAGCGAGCUGCCGCCGAGCCCCUGCCCCCUCUGGCCGACCCGUCAGACCGCAUGAUUCUUAGUGAGAAAGCGACUACUAUCCCUCCACCAAGUAAGACAUCUGCUCAUGCCGUAAAGCAGCCAACAAAGAAGACCAGCCGGAGCGGUGAAGACGGGAGCAGAAGAGCCACCAUCUUCCUGCCUGAUUUGGGAACCUUUCGCACAGUGAGCAUGGAGGAGGCGGACGCUAUGGAGAAGGCAGAGGAGCAGGAGAGAGGGACCGCGCCGGGACUGGCCGGUGCAGAGCCGCAUGACAAGACUAUGGAGGACGCGCCCCCACAUGUCGAGCAGAGCACGGUGCCUGAGCGGUACGCGCGCACGCCUUCUGUCGAGCCGCCUUCCUUCGCGAUAGUCGGGCAAGAGCGGGCAUCACUUGUAUCUCUCUUGGAUGCACCCCACCACCAGCAACCGCCGUCGCAGUUCAAGCUUCCAGCGAUGCCGAACACGUCAGCCGCGCAGCCACUCGGCAAGCCCGAGAGGGCUAGAGAAAUGGCCUCGAGCGCUUUCCAACGAACCGAGGCCACCGCGCACGUCGACAAUCGCCAAACGCAACUCCGUCGCUUGCCCCUGGGCCCUCAAGACCCGAACGUCGAAAUAUCUGCGGUUGCGCCCAGCUUCAAGACAUCCUAUGACUCCCGUCCUCUCACUGCGCAGUCUUUCUAUACAACCACGACCACGUCUGUCCCUCUGCGUGAGGAGAAUUCGGACCCGAGCAUGGCCAAGAAGCUGCUCGCAUUGCAAAGGACCCCUUCCCGUGGCAGGGUAGACGACAACGAGGUACCGACCUGGGACGUCAACAACCCCGCCCUGACCCCUACGAUGACGAGGGAGCAGGCCUUGGCGAAGAUCAGGGAGCGAAGGGGACGGGCUAAGAGCGGUAAUGCAGGUACUGCAACGCCGUACAAGGGGAUGAUCAGGGGCGCCAGGGGCGAUAGGAGGGACGUGAGCGCACCUGCCGGCCGGAAGGGACGGAUUGGCUCGUGA